UUUUGCAUUACACUUUGGUUCUUCUUCCAUUCCACGUCGCUUCGUUGCGUGCGCGUUGAUGUGAUUUUCGUGUUAUGUGAAAAAAGUAUAAAAUAGCUCAUAUUUUACAAAUUUGUUUUGUAAAAUCAACACAAAAUAAAAAAAGAAUUCAAAACAGAAUAGAAAAACACAAAAAGGAUCAGAAAAAUCGUGUCCGUUACUUUUGCGAAAUUGUCGCAAAGGCGACAAGGAAAUUUGUCGUCCAAAGAAGUUCAUCAAUAAAACUUUUUUGUAACAUAAAAAAAGACAACAAAGAUCUAAACCAAUUUUUUACAUUAGUACAAUUGUAAAAAAAAAAACAAAAAAGAAUUCAAAACUUGCAAAACUAAUUAGUUAUAUUUUGCAUUACAAACGCCAACCUUUAAUAUAAAAAAGGUGCUGAAAAUUGAAACAAUAGAAGUUCUCUAAAGGAUUAACACAUUGCAUUACGAUUUGUGGCAAAAUUGAGCUACCUAUCGGCAAGAAGUGAAGUUUUACCAGCGUAGACUAAGAAAACACAGGUAAAUUCUACACCCUAGUAACAGUUACAAGUCUUUGUGACCAUUAACGCAUUAGUCUACCAUCGUCGGUCUGGAAAGACAUAUAUGGUUUAAAAAUUAAGUUCGAUUCGCGCAAAAUAUUAAAACAGAGAAGACGCAGCAACAACAAAGGAAGCGGUCUUUGAAAGAUCCUCCUAUGUUCAUUCAAACGGGAGGGGGUGGGAAGGGAAUACGCCCAAAUCAACAGCAUCAGCAGCAACAACAUCACCAUCAGUCGCAUCAUCAGUCGCACCACCAGACACAUCAUCCACACGCCCAACCACAGCAACAGCAAACGCAAGUGUCGUCCGUACACCACGGUCAUCCAGCGUCCCAGCAAACGCAUUCCCACCACCCUCACCAACAGCAUCAGCACUCCCAUCAACAGCAUCAACCACACCAGCAACAGGCACAGCAGCAGCAGCAGCAACAGCAGCAACAACAACAGCAGCAACAGACACAGCAUCAUCAUCCGCCACCCCUAGCAUAUUAUUCGUUUCAAUUAAGUCAAGCACAGCCGCCGCCCCCCGCCCAACAUCCACAAGCGCCCAAUAAUGCAGCAGUCACGGCAUCACAAAUGGCCCCUUCUCCCCCCACACAGGCCAAUACAGCUGGCGCUACGUCGACUGUGUCCGCAACUCAAUCGCAUAGUUUGGUGGGGGGCGCUAGUGGAGGUAUGUCCGGCGGCGGGAAUAGCGCCAGCGCAACAAACAUCGCUAGACAACAUGCCGCAGCGGCGGCAGUGGCGGCAGCAGCUGCUGCGGCCAAUAGCGGCGCCAAUAUGCAGCACUAUACGACUGGAGCGGCGCUCAUGCAACCGCCGGCGACGAGCACGGCAUUCAUGACCACCACCUAUCUGCAGCAGUAUCAUCAGCAGUCGGCUGCAGUAAUAGCCGCAGCAGCAGCGGCUGCACAGUAUAACAACAAUGCCGCAGCAGCUGCAGCGGCCAAUAAUCAAAGCGGAGCGGGCAGCACACAGACAGCCUCCACACUGUACCAACAACAGCAGCAACACCACGCAGCUCUUCAUCAUCCGCAGACAUCGUUACAUACACACUACUAUCACACAGGCGCUGGCGCCGCACCAACGCCUCCACCACAUUUACAUCCCCAUCAUCAUCCACAACAGCAUCAAUUGCGCGGUGUUUUAACAGCGCCGCCGCACCAACGUCAGCCACAAACCACAUAUUUGGUGUCGGCAAAUGCAAUCUUUGCACUACCACCAGGUCCAUUGACAGCAGCGCCGCGCACGUCAUUGUUAGCCGCCGGUGCUCAUCAGCAGGCAGGUAGUACAGGUGGUGGAAUGCCGGUGACACCGCUGCUACAAUCGGGUGCGCGCGCUGCCGCUGGCGGUCCAACAGCCUAUAUAACAUCGCCGUUCUGCCAACCACCAAUGCCGAUGGGCGCACCUGGUCUAACACCACCCCAGCCAUUGCUAGCGACUCCCUCUGCUUUGGCACAGCAGACACUACAAACGUAUGGGCAUUUAACUGGUGCGGGCGCAUCGAAUUCAUCAUCGACGACUUCUUUGACAACACCCGUUGGCGGCGGCGUCGGCGGUGCGAGUGGUGGUAGUACAGGCAACACUGGUGGCACUGAAACAGUCAAGCCGCGUAAACACGCUAUACCCAUAAUACAUCCGAUAACCCACGAGAACAUACUGGACCCUAAACCACAAAAGAAGAGUACUGCAGUGGAAGUAAAGCCUUCGGGCACAGAUAAUGCGGCAGAAACACAGGAGAACAAAGCAAGCGCAAGCGCCAAGGAGCCAACAGACAAAUCCAUCACAGUGUCCAUCACUAAGACACCAUCGUUCACAUCGACCGUAGCCGUGACCACGAAGGAACAGCACAGCAGUGAGAAUGUAUCCGUCACUGCGGGCGCGGCCAACGUGGCAAUACAAAGUUCUUCGUCGAAGGAGAAAAUCGAUCAGCAAAUGCAGACGGAUGCGGUGCGGGAUCGUAGCACAUGCAGGCGUGUGAGCACAUACGAGGGGCAUACGACUGACUCCCCGCCACCUCUUUCCAUCGUGUCUGUUGAUGAAGACAAUGAGAAUUAUCUUUAUGAAAAUUUGCAGGCUACACAAGGCAGUGACCUAAAUGUGAAUGUACUUUGUAAUCGGAUGGGCGAGUAUUUGAAUGAGGAAGAGCAGCAGCUGAGCGUGGGUGAUGAACAAUCGGCAUUGCAUGCUACAACCAGCAUACACAGUGCGACCGGCGAUGACGGCGACGACAGUAAUUACGAUGAAGAAUCUACAUCCCUAAUGUUAGAUGUUGCUGAAAACGAGCAAGAAAAUUUCGAACUGGUAGGGCUAUAUGGUGUGGCGCAAGGUAUGCAACAACAUCCUUCUUCCGGCAGCGACGCGGACGACAAGUUCACACAAGAUCGACACGAAGAAUCUGAUAUCUCCGCUGUUACCUCAGUGACCACACUGAGUGGCGCCGAGGACGACAACAACAAAUCAAGUAUAAUUCAAUCGCUAGAUCAGCGGUCCACAGCUACUGAAACCGUUUUUCCGGCGCAGUCAGGGCAGCGCGCGAAGUCCGCACAGAUCCAAAACGCAGUGACAACAACCGCAACCGCCAGCACUGAUACUUUAUGCGCGGAAACAUUUACAGCAACAACCGCAGGUGGCCAGACUAUUGCACCUACAACAACGCAAACGUCUGCAGGCCCGACAAAGACACAGUUAAAGAGCAGUAAAUCGAAUACAUCAACCAGUUUAGGUGCGACUCCGAUAGACAGUGGCGUUGCACCCACAACAAUGCCCCAUACCGGCAAAACAUCUACACAAAAAACUACUCCUAACACUUCGGGUGCCUCAUCAUCGGCCACAUCGACACCCACACAUCAUACAUACACACAGCCACAGCAAACACAGCGGCAGCAGUAUCAGCAACAACAACAACAACAAAGAAAAACUGGCGCUACUGCAUCGACAAUUCCGAGUGUUGCCAGUACAGUUGGCAGUACAAUGGCCGCAUCGGGAGGUGGUGGCGCUGUCAGUUGUGGUCUGCCAACCUCGCAAGGCGGUGUAGCUGCAAAUUCGAAAAAGGGUCGCAAAGCGUCAAAACGCGCUAAGGAAAGCCAGAAGAAGCUCAGUAAGCAUAGCGACGUUAAUAGCCAACGCUGCAAUGCUGCGACGCUAAGCAGCAGCAACAAUAAUAACAAUAGUAUUAGUAAUAAUAGUGGCAGCAUCAACAAUAACAACAAAAGUAUAUUAAACAAUGCCAAUAAUAAUCUUAAUAAUAAUUUAGCAACUAAAAAUAUGACAACUGUAACGGCAACAACAACCAACAUCCUGACUGAUAUCAAUAAUGCAAAUAGUUCUAGCGAUAGUGGUAAUUUAAUAGAAACAAUUACAACAGCGAAUUUAAGACAACAACAACAACACCAACAGCAACAGCAACAACCACAUCAACAAGCACUGCAACAACGUAGCGGCAGUGUAACGAAAAGUGGGAGUUUGACACGCGGCAUGCCAACGAAAACGAAUACAAGAAGUGAUUCCCUGACGGACAUUCAUCAAACGAUCGAUCCCGUUUCACCUGUCUCGACACUACCACAACAACAACAACAACAUCAACAGCAACCAUCUAAACACUUAAAGACUCAGGAAAUUGUAGCUCAAUUCCUGCAGCCAUCAGAACAGCAAUUGCAAUUUCUCAACAGUUCUUCGUCUGCAUGUGAAGAUGAGGAGGAAAUGUGCGCACGCCUACAAAUGCAGCUGCAACAAGAUACGGCAGCAAACAACAUGCAGGAUAUUAAAUUUGGCGACUUUGCGGAAGGGAAAGAUUGCGACGGAACUACAUCGCCACCACCUAUGGGUGCACAACAACAACAAUUGGAACAAACUCGACAAGUCAAAUCCAGCUCACCUGAAAAGGAAGCGGCGAAUCCCAAUAAGACAGAUUCGUCGAAAGAUGCUGUGGAUUGCGUGUCAAUCGCCAGCACGAUAACGCUAACGAAAAACAGCAACGCGGGCAGUGCCCGCGCCGGUCAAAAGUCGGCUAAUGUGCAGAGCAGCGCCAUAGUGCCACCCAAACCGCGCAAAUACUCAUUGGAUGAGUUGAAGUCGCUUUCGAAGUCUAGCGAGGCACGCAAGCCGCCUAUGGUAUCUUGUCAACGUGGCGAUUGCAUUUCACAGCUGUUUGUUUCGCGACAGCAGCAUCAUCACCUAACACAUCAUGCCCACAACAUGUCCUCAUUAGCGUUACAUCAGCAUUUGCAACAACAACAAUACCAACACAUGAACUUCAAUGAAUCCAUGGAAUUGGUGAGCGGCAAGCGUGGACGCAGCGGUCAGGCGAAGAAGCAUCACGAGCAUCAGACUGGUGGUGGUGCUAUUAGUGGUGUGUUGAGCGUUGCCGCCACAGGUGUCGGCGGCGCGGUGGGUCCGGGUGGAAUGGGCAACGUAGGUGGUAUUAUGAGCGCACAGCAGCAGCGUAAAGUUGACUUUAUACGCGUGCAGUUGUCGCUGAAGGAAGAGAUCAAGCUGUCCGAGUGUGAAAAUGCUUGGCAACCGGAAACGUUGCGCAGCAAAUCCAAUAAUGUUUCGCCGUCGAGCGCUAACGAGGACAUCGACGCGAUGCUGAAGAAGGUGCGCGGCGUUCUAAACAAGCUGACGCCCGACAAUUUCGAUGUGCUACUCAAGUCGAUGACGAGCAUCACGAUGAACACACAGGAGAAAAUGCAACAAGUGAUGCUGCUAAUUUUUGAAAAAACCGUGAGCGAACCGAAUUUCGCCCCUACAUACGCCAAAUUCUGCAAAGUGCUCUUUCAAGAAAUCAAGGCCGAGAGUAAGCAGCUUUUCUCAAGCUCGCUAAUCAACCGCAUCCAACACGAGUUCGAGACAAAUGUGAACGAUGCAAAUGCAAAAAAAUUAAAGUUGCAACCCAUGGUCGAUAGGUUGGAGAGCUGCAUCGAUUCGAAAGAACGCCUGGAACUGCAGGCUGAAUUGGAAGAUCAGGAAUAUCAGUUCCGACGUCGUGCUUGGGGCACAGUUCGCUUCAUUGGCGAAAUGUUCAAAUUGCAAUCGUUGACUAACGAUCGAGUGUUCAUGUGUAUCGAAUCUCUGCUGGAGCAUGGCUCCGAGGAAAAGCUGGAGUAUAUGUGUAAGCUGCUGACCACAGUGGGGCACCUCCUGGAAUCGCCAGAUCACACAAGCAAUGUACGAAUGGAUAAGAUCUUUCGCAGAAUACAGGAUAUCAUUCAUAAAUCGCGUAGCAAUAAACCAGCUGGCGGUCAUUUCAAGAUCAGCAGUCGUGUGCGUUUCAUGAUGCAGGAUGUUAUGGACUUACGCGCGCGCACCUGGGAUCAUCCACAGUCGCAGCCACAACAACAGCAACAACAACAACAAAUGCUGAUGCAACAACAACAACAGCAGCAGCAGCAAUCAACACAACGUCGCUCAGCGAUGAGCUCGAAGCAGGACGACAAAAUGCAGUCAGGCAUGAGCGGCAACAUUUACGAGAAGAACAAUCGACUGGGCAACUACGGUGGUGGCGGCGGCGGCAAUUCGGGCAAUCAACGUCACUACUUUCAAAAAUCUCAAAAGUCACAGCAAUUUAUGCAACAACACGAACAAAAACUGAAUAUCGAUUUAAACAAGCUGAAAUUCACUAACGAUGAGGUAACCCAAAGCACAACCAAACUCGGCAGCUCCACGCUAUACCUUUGGCGCACACCAGGAAGGCAGACUGUCGCAAACACAACCGUAGGCGGUAAUCCGCCCGCAUCACUGUUGACUUUGAACUCCAGUGGCAUGAACGCAGCCAACAGCAGCGGCUUUAAGCGCCAGUCCUCUAUGCUAAGCUCAGCAACAACAACAGCAAUUCCGUCGGCACUGGCCAAUAAUCCUUUUCAAGUCCUCGACAGACAGGAGAAAUCGAACGAGUCAUAUAUGGGUGCGUCAACAUCACCGCAAGAGCACAAAGAUACACAGUUCGCAUUGGACGAUAGCGAUUUGCCCAACCUGAGUAAGAAGGAAUGCCAAAAAUUGCUUAAUCAACUGAUCGAGGAAGUACUCGACGGCGGCAGCAGCCGCAGCAGCAGCAUGAGCAAUAGCUGGCAGCAUGAAACUGUUAACGAGUGGUGUAGUCUCAAUUUGCGUCAACAAAAGUCCUUGCUCAAGUACCUUUUUAACGACUACCUGCACUUGGCCACAGUGAAGCGUGCACAGCGAAAGGCUUGCGCCGCCAUAUUUGUGCAUUUGAUGCGCGCCAAAGUUUGUGAGCCGCAAAUGUUUGCACAAGUCUACACAGCACUGGCAGACGAACUGCCUGACCUGCAGGUUGACGUGCCCAAUCUUUGGACAUACAUUUUUGAGUUUAUAGGACCGCUCUUGCACGAGCAACUGUUGCAUUUCAACGACAUUUGGCUACCACAAUGGGCUGACGACAUACACUUUACGAAACGUUUUCUCCAAGCGCUCAUCACCUACUUCACCAGCGAAUUUGGCGCUACAUACACGCGUGAACUGUGGAAUAAAGAGUUCAAAUUAGAACAUGGCCAGCAAUUCAUGAACGAUGCCGCACAAUGGCGCGACUUUAUCAACUCUAAUGAAUUUCAGUACAUACACGAUCGCAAUUAUAAACCACCGCUCACUGUGCAUGCAACGUCGAGUCAUCCCGCUGCCAUAGCGGAGCAAAUGGCACGCAUUGAAUAUUUACUGAAUGCGGCAAAUGGCUGCGAUCUAGCCAUAGACUACAUAAAUACGAAUGUGCACAUAAACACGCAUUUCAUACGCAGCCUUACGAAAUUUCUCUGCUGUGAUUACGCAACUGUGAUGCCGGCGACAAGCGCGUCCAGUGCGACGCAUCCAACGACGACGACUGAUAAAAAUAGUAGACAACUAGACGCCGAACUAUUUCGCCAGAAAUGCAUACCGCUACUGAGGCUUAGCCUAGACGGCGUGGAGGCGCAUGAGUUGGCUUGUCUUGAUGCUAUCGUUGACGCCAUGCAGCAAUUCCAUGACAUUCCAACCGCCAAUCAGCUCAUCUGUAGCGUAUUCGAUUUGAUCUACGAUAGUGAGGUGAUACCGAAAGAGUCCUUCGACAAGUGGUAUCGGGCGGAGCAAGCAAAUGUCUGUGUAAUUGAUAAUAAAGAAGCAAAAAGCUUUCUGGAGACCAGUAAUAGCGCGACGAGUCUAAUAAAGGCGUCAGCAAAAAAGUCGUUUGCGUUAGCGCCGAUGGCUUCCUCUAGCAAAGCUGGCAGUGGCAGUGGGCGUAUGAAUGAAGAGUUGCACGCUUACAUGGAAAAGCUGCUUUAGCGCCGUAGGCGCCAAGGCCGCACCGACAAAUAUAAGCAAAAACAACAGCAGUAGGGUAGCGGGUGUGGAGUUGGGGGCCAUUGUAAUGGCAGCGCGGCCAAGCAACAACGCACUUAUGCUGUGUUACAAUUUCAGUGAGAUGAAUAAAAGCGAGCAGAGGAGGAAGACGUAAAUGGAAUUACAUACAAAUAGUAAACUCAAUUAAA